GCAGCCCAGCUGCCAAGAGCUGCUUUUCUCCCGCCUCUCAGCUGAUUGGCAGGUGGGCGGGGCUUCCAGGGAGGCCUCCUCCGUGUAGGCCUCAGUGAAGCCUGAACUCGAGUAGGGCCCCAGCCAGCCAGGAAGGAAGGAAGGAGGAGGCAGCCAGAGUGGCCACCCCGGUCUCUGCAGCAGAAGACCCCCUGCUGCCCCCAGCCCAGCCCAGCCUUGGCCAGCGCCACGGGCCGCAAGAGCAUCUCGGAGGCCAUGCAGCAGGCUCCCCUUCCUCCCCUGACGCCCCCUUGAUGGCGCCCGCUCACCUGUAGGAUGCCUGCCCUCCCCUCCUCCUCCUCCCUGGCAUGUCAUCGGCAGCCGGCCUCCCCGGAUGAGGACCCCGCCCUCCACCAUGAAGGAUGAGCGGAGCCUGCACAGCAGCGCGGUGGCCUGGCUGGUCUGCUCGGGGUUCUCCCUGCUGGCCAACGCCUGGGGCAUCCUCAGCGUGAGCGCCAAGCAGAAGAAAUGGAAGCCGCUGGAGUUCCUCAUCUGCACGCUGGCCGGGACCCACAUCCUUAACACCGCCAUCCCCAUCACCAUGUACUCGGUCGUCCAGCUCCGCCGGGAGCACUCCGACUACGAGUGGAACGAGGGCCUCUGCAAGGUCUUCGUCUCCACCUUCUACACCUUGACCUUGGUCACCUGCUUCUCGGUCACCUCGCUCUCCUACCACCGGAUGUGGAUGGUCCGGUGGCCCGUGAACUACAGGCUGAGCAACACGCGGAAGCAAGCCGUCCACACGGUGAUGGGCAUCUGGAUGGUGUCCUUCAUCCUCUCCACCUUGCCGGCGGUGGGCUGGCACGACACCACGGAGCGCUUCUACGCCGCCGACUGCCGCUUCAUCGUGACGGAGAUCGGCCUGGGCUUCGGCGUCUGCUUCCUGCUGCUGAUCAGCGGGAGCGUGGCCAUGGGCGCCAUCUGCGUGGGCAUCUCCCUCUUCCAGGCCUUCUCCAUCCAGGCGGGGCACAACGUCGACAAGAACAAGUUCAACGUGCCCACCAUCGUGGUGGAAGACGCCCAGGGCAAGCGCCGCUCCUCCAUCGACGGGUCGGAGCCCGUGAAGACCUCCCUGCAGAUCACCUACUUGAUCACCGGGAUCGUUUUCAUCUACGACUUCCUGAUGGGCCUCCCUAUACUGGUGGUCAGCUUUGCCAGCUUGAAAUCAGACGUCGCCUAUGACUGGAUGGUGCUGUGUGUGCUGUGGUGUUCCGUCGUCCAGGCCCUCCUCCUGCCGCUCUUCCUCUGGGCCUGCGACCGCUACCGGGCUGACAUCAAAUCCAUCUGGGAGAAGUGUGUGGCCAUCAUGUCCAACGAUGACACGGAGGAUGAAAACAGCCUGGAUGGGGCCAUCCACACGGACCUGGUGUAUGAGAGACCCUACGACUACAGCUUUGCCGGGGACGUGUUGACUCUGGACCACAUUGCCAAGUAUGACUUGUCCGCGCUGGAGAGAGGCCUCCCUCAGGCGUACCCCGUGAAGCCUCUGCCAGAGGACAAAAUGCAGUAUCUGCAGGUCCCUCCCUCCAGGCGCUUCUCCCACGACGAAACCGACGUCUGGACGACGGGCCAGAUUUCCGCCUACCUCCAGCGCUGGGGGGCCGGCGAGGACAUGGCCGCCGGCCUGGCCCAGCUGCUCCUCCCGCGGCACGGGCACGACCGGCGGAGGGGCAGCCUCCUCUCCUACCAGGAGGACGGGCGCCUCUACCGCCAGCGGCGCAAGUCGGCCGAGAGCGCCCUUUCCCCCAAGCCCUUCUCCCGCGAAGACUUCUACAAGGAGGGGGCCGGCUACCGGUGCUUCAGCAAGGAGGAGGUGGUGAACUUCAUUGACGACAGCCCCAGCCCCCGGAGGGCCCCGCUGCGCUCGGCCUCCGUCUCCCUCAUCCCGGACGCCCUCCAGCACUGCCCGGCCGGGCUGGCCCUUGCCAACUUCCCCUUGACCCACUUCGAGCGGGAGCCUCAAGUCCUGCGCUGCUUCUCGGCCCAGAACCGGGGCUGCUCGCUGGUGGUGCCGGGCCCUUUCCUGGCCCAGGAGGACGCCAAGAGCCUCUUCCCCAAAGGGGGCGAGGCGGGGCCUUGCUUCGAGCAGAUCCACAUUGAGCUGUGCGCGGCCCAGACGCCCGAGGACUGCCCCGUCGGCAGCAGCGGCCGCUCCGAGGCGGAGAGCUUUCGGACAGGUCUCAGCCCCUCGUGGGGGGGCCCAGAGGGCCUGCCGAAAGAUGGGAGCAAGCAGGGCAGCGCGAGCAGCUUCCUGAGCUCCCCCUCCACCUCCUCCGGGUACACCACGUUCCACUCGGAUUCUAUCGGCUCAGCCUCCUAGAGCGAGAGCGGCCUUGGCCCAUGUUUUGCCGAGGACUUUGCCUCCUCAUUGUGGCCUGGAUUUCAGAAGGGGGACUGAGCCCACACCAAAGAAACCGACUCCAGUCCCUAAUUUGCAGGGAGGAGAGGACGAGGGAGGGAUUCUUAUCAACACGCUUCCAGGAAGCAAAGUGCUUUGUCGACACUUCUGGAGAUCCACAGUUGUUCAGCGGAGCGACUCCUAGGAGCGCCACUUUCCUGCCUUGGGAAGAGAGCCCCGGAGGGCAGAGCGGGAGCUCCCUUUUCUCCCUUUGGGUUUCAUGAGCCCGCAGAGGCUCUUCAGGAAUUUUUCAUUUUUUUUAAACAGCCUGCAUCUUCCCCCGGUACUUUAUAAAUCACUGUAAAAUGGUGCAUGAAUUUCUGUAUCAAACAAUACUGCGAGGCCUCUUUCAGAAGAGGCUUUUGUGACCAAGAGUGGGACACCAGGGAUUCCCUGUAGCAAAUUGGUGAGUGUGUGUGUGUGUUGUGGGGGUGUCAAUCAGAAUUUGUCGGAGUGGCAGUUUGAAGGAGAGACAAAGCUGCCUGCAUCCCAAGAAGCCUUUUUCUAGACCGGAGGAGGAGGACGCACCCCAUCGCCCGGGCUGGGAUCGUUCCCUGUGUCCAUGACCGCACUGUGCCAGCACAGAAUUCGGCCCCUGUGUAAGAGCCCAGGCUGAUCUCCUCCCUCCAGGAGAGCUUAAAGCCAUAGGUCCUUGCAGGAUGAGGCCCCUAAGAACCAGCCAGGGUCAAGAAUAGAAGGGAGAGAGAACAGGCCUCCGUGGUCAGCCAGGGGUCCUUCCCCUGCUUUCCCUGAUCGCUGCCUCUCCCCUGGCAGGCCCCUAGUUCCUCCUUGGCCUACUAAAGACGUCUUGCAACCACCUCUCGUCCAUCCACAGUGCCACCUGCACUUCACCCCACGUUGAGCCCUGGCCCCCCCUGGUCAAACCCCCCACCCCACCCUGGGGCUGGUCCAGGCAUGGUGGAAGCCAGCCGGGCCCAGUGAGGGAAGCGGGGCUUGUCUUCGGCAGUGCUGACCACCGGCCGCGGACCCCGGAACCUCCCUCUCCUCUGCAUUUGCACAGCCUGAUGCUUGAGCUUCCCUGUGCUGCCUGGAGGGUGCCUCUGGGGACCAUCAGGAUUUGGCCCCGGCCUCAGCCAGACCCAUCCUUCCCUGCCUCCUGGCCACGCCCCGUCUCUUCCAAGUCCGCCCGUGUGUGGUGAGGGAACGCCUGCUUGCAUUCCCCAGUGGGAUUCCAGGUUGUGUGUCCUGUUUUCUCGAUAGGGGGUGUGUGGGGUGGGGAGGUUGCUUUAGGUAAUGGCGCCCAGAAAAGGCAUGAGGGCAGGUGGCAAAGGGGCGGGGUGGGGCAGGGCGUUACUGUUUUUAUGUAGCUCCUCAAGUUUGGUUUGCUUUGUUCUGGCAGAGUCUGAGGAGAAGCGUCUUGUUUCUUGGGGGUCCCCAAGUUGACCGGAAGGAACUUUUCUAAGCCGGACCACCUGGAUUCAAGGUGCCAAGGCUGAUGCCAAGACUCACCUCUAUACUCUCUGGUGGUUGUGUUUUUAGCGAUCACUUAUGUACCAUCUCUUCUCCAAAGAGCUCAGGUCCGCGUCGCUAGGAUUAUCCCAGGGGUUCACAAAGUGGAGUCCUCCGAUGUUGUUGGACUACUACUCCCAUCACCCCCCUGCAACAGUGGUUGUGGCGGGGGGUGAUGGGUGUUGUAGCCCAACAACAUCUGAGCAUCGAACUUCGAGAACCCCCGGGAUAACCCCAUUUCCACCCCUGCCCCUCACAACAGCUCUGUAAGGUAGGCUGGAUAAUGACUGGUCCCAGGUCACCCAGCAAAAUCUGUGGCUAGUGGGAUGUCUGAACCCACAUCUCUCCAGGCCUAGCCCUCCCCACAAUCAAGUGCGGUGUGUGACGUGUCUCUCCCUCUGCUUCCCUUGCAACGGCGUUUCUGCUGCUAUGGAAAUGUAGGUUGUAAGGUCUUUGUGGACUUUCCCAUUUUGCAGGACUCUAGGAAGCCCUAGGCUCCAUCUGUUGUCGACUUCUUUUAAAACGUUGGGUGUUGUGGGUUUUUUUUUAACCCUAUCACAGCACCUGCAUGCCAUGAAAAGUUUCACCAGUUGGUUUCUGCCUGCUAAAGCAAGAGGACCGCAGUCUUGCUAAAGGAACCAUCUCUCCUGCACGCCCAAUUCAUCUUGUCUUCCCUUUGCAACGGAUCUUGGGCAUUGUAGUUGAGGAGACCCCCCGGUUUAGGCGUCAGCAACUGCUUGGGGUGUGCCUCCUGACUGGGAGCAGGCAAACUCCUGCCGCAGGGACUCAAGAGAUGCAACGGGCAGCCUCCUCUGACGGCAGCUGAAUUCUGCUGCUCAGAGAAAGGUGAUCAUUCCAUUCAGAAUAUGCUUGGCAGCCACCUCCAGGGAAGGCUGAUUGGAAAGGGGGACAAGGCAGAUUGGUAACUCGGGCAGAGAGACUGCGGGUGGCCCUCCUCCUGGCCCACAGUAAUUCCCCCUUUGUGGGCUGGAUCUGCCCAUGCCGCAGAAUCAGAUGGUAGAGUCCAGAGGUGGGAGAAUGGCCUGUACGACUUCAAGGUACAGGAGGAGAGCUGGUCUGGUGGUAGCAAGCAUGGCUCGUCCCCUUAGCUAAGCAGGGUCUCCCCUAGUUGCAUCUGAAUGGGAGACUAGAAGUGUGAGCACUGGAAGAUCUUCCCCUCAGGGGAUCCUGGAGCCACUCUGGGAAGAGCAUCUAGGUCCCAAGUUCCUUCCCUGGCAGCAUCUCCAAGAGAGGGUUGAGAGAGAUUCCUGUCUGCACCCUUGGAGAAGCCGCUGCCAGUCUGGGUAGACAAUACUGAGCUAGAUAGACCCAUGGUCUGACUCAGUAUGGCAGCUUUCUGUGUAAUGUCUGAAUCCGGCUAUAGUGGCACACCCUCAAGAGGCUCCUGAGCAAAGCCUGCCCAUCAUGAAUCAGUCUGAAAGCCCAGGUGUGAGUAGCAAAUUCAGGGCUCAGCGUAGGGGGCAGAGAUUUUGGACACAAACCCCUGGAGAGCACCCAGUGAGACCAUGGUGGCAAUUAGCCAGCCCCUUAAUUUUUCUCUGAUAUCUCCUAAUCAGGUAUACUGCCUCUGAAGGUGGAGGCUCCACUUUUCAAUUUCUCAUGGGUGGCCAUUCUCAGGUAGACCUGCUUCUAAUUAACUGUUUCAAAAUGCCAGUUGGGGGGUGGAGGACUCCGUAGUUCCUUUUUAAAAGAACAACAGCAAUGGGGCUUGGGAAAGGAGCAUCUCUUUAUCUCUUUUUGGAGAAGGGGUCAUUGUGCAUGCAUGCAUUUGUAGUGUGGAAUGUGGAGGGUGCUGGGGGUUUGUAGCGGGAGGGGUUUGCACUUUGAAAUGCGCACUUUUUAAAUGAAUUGUUUGAAGCUCUUAUUCCACCCACUAUAAACACAGUUAUGGGGAAGAAACCUUAUAACAGAGUUGCUCAAAGUCGAAGCAACAGGCAGGUUUUCAUGAGCAACAAAGCGUCCUAGACACCUUCUUCUUCUCCAUUUUGUAUUUUUCCUCCUUUUCUCUAAAAAUUUGCAAGCUUGCGGGUGCAAAUAGCAUCUCCACAUAAAGCAAGGUAGCUGUGCCGGUCGGAAAUAAUAACUCAGAGAGACGUGAAAGUCCUCGUUCAUUACAAGCCUCUCAUUCUGUAAGCCUCUGGAGGUGUGUUUCCACCCCUACCAUUAAGGCCACUAAGAGCAUAAGAGAGCCUUGCUGGAUCAGGCCAAAAGGCUAUCUAGUCCAGCACCCCAAGGUAGACUGCUCCUGAACCAGAAGGUUCCACGGAGGUUUGCAUUGAGGGCUUUCACACCCCAGAGUAAGCCAGGGGAAACCACAGUCGCUGGGGCUGAACAUUCAUGAAGCUAUUGGUGAAGCAAACACGGCAGCAUUUCCGUGGUUUUGUGUUGCUGAAAGCAUGGGCUUUGGCCCAGAGAAAGGAGGCAGGCAGCACUCCGAGUGUGUGCCUCCAACCAGCAAAUGGCAAAAGCUGGCAGCAAGCAGCAGUGACCGGUCCUCAUCAGGCUCCGCUGCCUCUGCCGUGGCUUAGCCCGCACCCCCCUCCGCACAGCUCUACCUGAUGAAUGCCCAACCUGCAGGCAACACAGCUCUCCUUAACACGGGGUGGGAUGGGAGAAACAGAUGCAAUCCGGCUGCUGGGAACCAGAGGCAUCUGUGUCUCCCCCCCCCACCCCCCACUCAUUAGGACCAGCCACUUCUGGCAACAAGAUUCAAAAGUUUAUCUAGUCCCAAGAUUAUUGGGAGGUCUUGCGAAUGCCACCUCUGGAGCAAAGCUGGCCUGAAAGAGAGAAUGCCACCCACCCCCCCACCCCGGAAAUCAGUUGCCGUGUUCUUGCCGUGGCCACAAUCCUUGGCCGCUUGCUCUUCUUCCAAUCCCACCUCCCUGAACGCUAAGGAUGCUGUGCCUUUAAGGGUUUCAAAACCAUUGAUGCAGGUCUUCUUAUUGCCAGUUUUGGAUCUCACUUUGCAAGGGGGUGGGUGGGAGGGGGGGAAGGAGGUAGUUGAUGAACCCUUUGCUGUACUGUAUCUUUCUAUCACUCUUUGUAAUGUCCUAAGGCAAUACUUUUUCGAGCGCUUCAGGGCUGCCGGAUCUCAGAAAUCUGAUCCCUGGUUUUUACUGACUGACUUUUGGGGAAGAAUAAUCAUUUAAAAAACCUACCGCUGUUAAUCAGGACCACUCGAGGCUGGUAAACGUUUUUGGCCUGACCUUACAAUAUAUCUUUCUACCACUAGUUAACGGUGGGGGUCUUUUGUUAACUCCAGUGCAAGACUCGGGUCAGGCUUCUUUGAAGGACUCUUCCCCACCCCACCCCCCGCAAUAUAACUUGUACAUUUGUGCACUCUCUGGGUCCCCCCACCCAAAGUUUCGGUGACGUUUCACGCUGUGCAAAAACAGCUUCUUCUAUGGGUCCGAGUGGAUUUGUCUUAAACCUGUCGAGCGUUUUCUUCACGGGAUUUUCCAGAAUUGUUUGUAGUUUGCUCUUUUUUCGACCGCUCGGGAUUUUCUUUCUGUAUAAGACUGAAUUUAAAAAGAAAAGAAAAGAAAAUUCUUGUGUAA